AUGUAUAAUCUAAUAUAUAGAGCAUCAAAUAAAGUUACAAUAAUUUUACCUAUAAUUGAAAAUGAGCAAUCAAAUCAAAGUAAUAGGAAGAAUAAUAAAACAAAACCCUAUUCACUUUUUACAAUAUCUCUUAUCAUAGUUAUUGAAGAUAUAUAUAAUAUUAUUGAUUAUAUCUCUGAUUUUAUAUGGGAAAAAUUAAAUACUGGACUAUGGAGUAACAUUGGAGUACAUUGGAGAUAUAUAUAUUCAUUUAUAAAUCUCCUGAAAUUUAUUUUAAUGAUCCAACUAAUCUAUAUUGCAUGCACUAAUUCCUUGCUUGAUAUUUUUAAAUUAAAUGUUGUGAUUAAUUUUUUAAAAGAAUAUCCUAUUGAUUUUGAUAAUGACAAGAAAAAAUUUAGACAAUUAUUGCUAAAAUUAUUAAAAUUAUGUGAUUAUUCACUUUUGAUGGGGUUAACAAAUAUAUUUUAUAAUGGGGAAAAUAUAUAUAACAAGCUUGCUUCAUCACUCAGUAAAUAUAUAACUAAGGAUCCAGAUUAUAUUUCAACAGUUAUAGGAAAUAACUUACAAGAUCUAAUUAUUAAUGAACAACAACAUUUAAAUUAUUGCAUUAAUUAUCAGGUCCCAAUAUUAAAUUGCCCUUCCAUUUCCCAAUUUCAUCAGAUGUUAAUUGGGGAAGAGCCUUUGGUCAUUAUAAAAUCGAUCAUUGAUUGGCCAUGCUUUCAAUAUGAUUCCAAAUCAAAUAGAGCAAUGAAAUGGAACUUAGAAUAUUUGUUAAAUGUCUGUGGGCCACGAACUGUCCCAAUUGAAAUAGGUUCAAAAUAUACUGAUGAACAAUGGACUCAAAAAUUAAUGCUCUUUUCAGAUUUUAUAAAAGAUUAUAUACUCGAUGAUAACAAUCCAAAAGGUUAUUUGGCACAACAUCUUUUAUUUGAACAGAUACCAGAAUUAAAAGAGGACAUUGACAUUCCAAUUUAUUGUAUGUGUACUUUAUCAAAUGAGUUGAUUGCCUUUAAAAAAAACAAAGAAAAAUUUCAUAAUAAUAAAAAUUUAUCAUCUUCCAAAUUUAAUAUAAAUAACAAUGUUGAAAGAAAUAUGCCAGAGGCUAACAUUGAGGAAGACGUUGAAAUAAAUUGCUGGUUUGGUCCAGCUGGCACUGUAUCUCCUCUCCACUUUGAUCCUAAACCUAAUUUAUUAUGUCAAGUAUUUGGUGUCAAGUAUGUACGUUUAUAUCACCCAUCUACAUCAGAAAAAUUAUAUCAUUUUUCAAAAAAGGAUCUAUUGAGUGAUAACACAAGCCCAGUUGAUGUAGAAAAUCCAGAUAUAGAUAAAUAUCCUAAUUUUAUUGAUGUUCCAUAUAAAGAAACCUUACUCAAAUCUGGGGAUGUUUUAUACAUCCCACCUAAAUAUUGGCAUUUUGUUAAAUCUCUAACAUCUAGCUUUUCUGUCAACUUUUGGUGGGAAUGACAAUAGAAUUGAAUAAAUAAUAUAUUUUUUUACACUUUUUAUUAUCUAAAUAAUGAUGAUUUAAUUAUAAAGUGAAAAUAAUUCGCUAUUACUAUAUAUGAAUUGUAAUUGCAUAAUGUAUAUCGCAGCUAGUAUAGAAACUUAGUUCAGAGGCUCUUAAACUUAUACCCCUCUAAGAUAUUGACAAAAAAUACUCUCCAUUAUCUGAAUGACAUGCCUACUUUUUUAUAGUAAGUUAAAUCAUACCUUUUUCAAAUAACUAUUUCACAGAUCCUGUACAGGAUUUGGCAACAUACAAAAAGCUCUUCAUCACAUAAUUAAAAAUAAGAAUAAAUGAAAAUCGAAAGUGUUAUAAAGAAUUAUGGAAAAUAAUUAUAUUUUAUUAUAAUAACUAAAUUUAUCAUUAGCAUUUA